CUCUCUUACCCAAGCGAAAACUUGAGCACUUCGAUCUUAGACUGUUCCGUACUCCGACAACCAAACCCGCCAACCUUGCCGCUUACCGGGACUCCAGAAUGAAGUUCAUGAAAGUGGGCCGUGUGGCCAUUAUCACCCGUGGCCGUUUCGCCGGUAAGAAGGUCGUCAUUGUCCAGCCUAGCGACACUGGCUCCAAGGCUCACCCCUUCCCCUUCGCCAUCGUUGCCGGUAUCGAGCGUUACCCCUCGAAGGUCACCAAGCGCAUGGGCAAGAAGCUCGUCGACCGCCGCUCCAAGGUCAAGCCUUUCAUCAAGGUCGUCAACUACAACCACUUGAUGCCCACUCGUUACACUCUCGAGCUCGAGGGUCUUAAGGGUGUUGUCUCCUCCGAGACCUUCAAGGAGGUUUCCCAGCGCGAGGACGCCAAGAAGACCAUCAAGAAGGCUCUUGAGGACCGCUACACCAGCGGCAAGAACCGCUGGUUCUUCACUCCUCUCCGUUUCUAAACGGUUUACCCCGGCGUUUUUUUCGAGCGAGCACGGUUCUAGGUGAAGGCGGGGACGAAAAAACCAUCGAGCACAUUCAGUCCCUGCGAUGGGAUGGAAAGACAUAUACCAGAGCUGGAAACAGAAGAGGGAAUGUAUCGAUGUCCAGUUAAAAGAGGUUGCCAUACAAGACCUGGUGCCUCUGAAUGAAAUGGAAAAUAUGAACAACUAUUCUUUUCUUGUUUGAA